UCCCUCCCUGGCACAGCUGACUGCUACAGGUCAUUCUGAGGAACUGACGGGAGGUUUGCCUUUGGCAGCACAGGGCCCUGGACACAGUGAACUGGCUGCCAGCGUGGCCAGGGGUACAAGCUAUCUACCUGAAACAAGGGCUGCCUGUUAUAUCCCACACCCUCUUAACCCACCUAGCUUUGCUUACUUAACGUCCCUUCUUGGUUGGCUGCCAAGCACUUCAGACUUAAUGAAAACACCUGGUGAAAUGGAGCUCUCGGUCCCUCCUCUCCUCUUGUCCCACACUGUUCUUCAUCUCACUAAAUGGCAGUCUACCAUCCACCUAGUCAUUGAAACCAAAGCCUGGGAGUCCUUGUGUUUGGCCAAGCUCCUAGGGAGAUCCUGAUUCCUCCUUCCCCCUCACUCCCCACAUCUAAUCCUCUGGCAAAUCGAGUCUGUCUCCUAAGUUGAUCUGUUUUAUCUACUUUUCUCUGUUGCCUCAGACCAAAUCAAGUCCCUCUCAUUUCUCAUUUGGAUGCCUGCAAUGGCCUCCUCUUCCAGUCCAUCCCAUUUUCUUUACAGUAGCCAGAACAACAGUCGUUUAAAAAUGCAAAUCUGAUGAAGACAUUCUUCUUAAAACUUUUCUGUUUUCCCUGUAAGGCCUGGCAUGAUCUAGCCCCUGCUCACCUUGUGCCAUUUGACAGUCACCCUCCAGCUGCAGCCGCACUGGCCUCCCCAGGUUCCUAAACGCUUCACACUGUUUCCUGGACUGCUUUUGUCCAGGUCUUCCCCUGCUGGCUUUCUCUCGUAUUUCAGGUCUUAGCUUAAAUGUCACCUCCCUGACCACUCUCCUCCUCCCGUCCCAGUUAUUCUCUUUUUAUUUAUUUUUUUAUUGUGGUAAAAUAUACAUAACAUAAAAUAUACCAUUUUAACCCUUUCUAAGUGUACAGUUCUGUGGCAUUAAGUACAUUCACGUUGUUGUGUGACCCCAAGUUACUCUCUUAUCAUAGUACCUUGCCUAUCCUUCACACAGCACUAUCUAUAAUAAUUUUGUGGUUUCUUUCUUUCCUACUAGAAUGUCAGCUCCAUGAGAACAGGGAGAGGUCUCCUUUUUCCUUGCUACACCUGGCCCAAAGCCAAGCAGUGGUACUAGGCACUCAAUAAAUACUUGUGGAAUGAAAGGAUAAACGCUGCUGUGUAUUGAGUACUUUACUGUGUGCUUGGCACUGCAAAGUCUUGUACAAACAUUUCAUUUAGUCUUGACGGCAGCCCUGAGAAGUAGUCAUGGCCUCCCUUCUUACAGAUGAGGAUACAGCUCAGAGAGGUUGAGGCUGCUGCCUGACCGUGGUCACAAAUGCAGGGACAACUGAGCCACAGCUCUGGCAGGACAGGAACAUGCCACCCAAGCGUAUAGCUAAGAGAAGGUCACCUCCAGAAGAUGUCCCCCCCAAAAGCAAGAAGGUGAAGGACCCUCGUAACCAGGCAGUGAGGGCCGUUGCCUCCCGCCGCGUUCCGGGCGCCCGCUCCUGCCGAGUCUCACAUAGGUCCCACAGCACAGAACCCGGUUUGGUGCUGACACUGGGCCAGGGCGACGUGGGCCAGCUGGGGCUGGGUGAGAAUGUGAUGGAGAGGAAGAAGCCAGCCCUGGUGCCCAUUCCGGAGGAUAUUGUGCAGGCUGAGGCUGGGGGCAUGCACACCGUGUGUCUAAGCAAAAGUGGCCAGGUCUACUCCUUCGGCUGCAAUGAUGAGGGUGCUCUGGGAAGGGACACAUCAGUGGAGGGCUCAGAGAUGGUCCCUGGGAAAGUGGAACUACAAGAGAAGGUGGUACAGGUGUCAGCAGGAGACAGUCACACAGCAGCCCUCACCGAGGAUGGCCGUGUCUUCCUCUGGGGCUCCUUCCGGGACAAUAAUGGUGUGAUCGGGCUCUUGGAGCCUAUGAAGAAGAGCAUGGUGCCCGUGCAAGUACAGCUGAGUGUGCCUGUGGUGAAGGUGGCCUCAGGAAACGACCACUUGGUGAUGCUGACAGCUGAUGGCGACCUCUACACUUUGGGCUGCGGGGAGCAGGGCCAGCUGGGCCGCGUGCCUGAAUUAUUUGCCAAUCGGGGUGGCCGGCAGGGCCUUGAGCGACUCUUGGUCCCCAAGUGUGUGAUGCUGAAGUCCAGGGGAAGCCGGGGCCACGUGAGAUUCCAGGAUGCCUUCUGUGGCGCUUACUUCACCUUUGCCAUCUCCCAAGAGGGCCAUGUAUAUGGCUUUGGCCUCUCCAACUACCAUCAGCUUGGAACUCCAGGCACAGAAUCUUGCUUUGUACCGCAGAACCUGACAUCCUUCAAGAACUCCACCAAGUCCUGGGUGGGCUUCUCUGGUGGCCAACACCAUACAGUCUGCAUGGAUUCGGAAGGAAAAGCAUACAGCCUGGGCCGGGCUGAGUAUGGGCGGCUGGGCCUUGGGGAGGGUGCUGAGGAGAAGAGCAUACCCACCCUCAUCUCCAGGCUGCCCGCCGUCUCCUCAGUGGCUUGUGGGGCCUCUGUGGGGUAUGCUGUGACCAAGGAUGGUCGUGUUUUUGCCUGGGGCAUGGGCACCAACUACCAGCUGGGCACGGGACAGGAGGAGGAUGCCUGGAGUCCCGUGGAGAUGACAGGCAAACAGCUGGAGAACCGUGUGGUCUUAUCUGUGUCCAGCGGGGGCCAGCACACAGUCUUACUAGUCAAGGACAAAGAGCAGAGCUGAUGAAGCCUUGAGGGCCUGGCUCCCGGCCUCACCACCCUCCCUCCCAGAACAAGGAAGCCGUGACCGCUCCAGAUUCCAGCAGGCCUCCCCCAAGCCCGAGGACUCUGUCAUCUCCUGCCUCUUCCCCAUCAGCAGAACAGAAUCUUUUCCCUCUUCUUCCUCCUCUCUGGAAUCAUCCUGGGACCUACAGGAUGAAGGGGGGAUGGAAGAGGGGAAGGGGUUUUGUCAGAAGGAACACUGCUCACCCAGAGCUAUGUGGUUAGACCUUUCUCACUCAUCCCUAACUCCCAUGGUCCUGGCUAAUCCUGGUUUGCCUACCAAAAACGAAAACUUUCUCCCCUGGGUGUGUGGUGCCCACACUCUGAGAAUUGGGGCUCCAUCAAGUCCUACUGUAGUCAUGUGCCACUCUUCUGUCCUUCAGAGUCCACAGGCAGACACAUGGUAUAGUCAUCAGACCCAGCUGUCAUGGACCUGUGCCUGAGGGAAACUGGAGAAGGGGCAGGGCUGCUCAGCCAUGGGCAACCCCAAGCCAAGUAUUUGGCCCUGAACAGGUGUCCAUGGGGCAAAAUAACACACAAUGACCCUCCACUUGAUCAAGAAUAAAGCCAAUCAGCCUUUCUCCCGGAAGCACAAAGCAUUCUACUCUUCAGGUACUGCCUUCCUAUCCACCCAUCCAGCCUGCCUCACCUGCAGCCAAAGGCCUGCAAUCUGGAAAGGAAGCUACACCUGCAGGGCAGGCCAUGUGGGGGCAGGGGGGUGGAGAAGGGGGAUUUUUAUAAACAAACUUAUAGCAAUAUUGCGAGUAAAGGGAGGGAGGGGAAGAGGGUUGGAGGGGCAGAGGCUGGUCCCCAGGAGGGGAAGCAGCAGCUUGGACAGUGGCUGACAAAAUAGAAAACAGUUUUGAUUUUUUUAAAUGUAAAAUAUUUUGGAGGGGAGAGUGAAAUCUUUUAACACUUUGAAUAAAUUUAGAGUUUUAUAAAACAGGCCACUUGUUUUCUGCACACUCCCUGCUCUUUAAGGGAGCACCUGCUGUGUUGGGAAGGGCAGACUAAACCUACGCCAAUGAACCUGGUCAAGUCUAGGACUUCAGUGAUGUCAAGAAUGGUGUGUGUGCCAGGCAGCUGUUGAUGUUCAGCUGUUCCAUACAAAUCAAAAAAGAGAAAAAUUGAUUCAUUUUUGCUUAGGUAUUUAUGUUUCAGGAAUCACUGGAUUUUUUUUUUUUUUUCGGUGAGGAAGAUCAGCCCUGAGCUAACAUCUGAUGCCAGUCCUCCUCUUUUUGCUGAGGAAGUCUGGCCCUGGGCUAACAUCCGUGCCUUUCUUCCUCCACUUUAUGUGGGACGCCGCCACAGCAUGGCCUGACAAGCAGUGCGUAGGUGUGCACCCGGGAUCCGAACCCCGGGCUGCCAGCAGGGGAGCGCGCACACUUAACCGCUACGCCAAGGGGCCGGCCCCUGGGUUUUUUUUUUUAAUUAUGCUGCAUAAUGUGAGAAACAUGGGGUGGAUCUUUUAUAUCCUAAUCCCAAACCAAGAUUUUUAAGUACAGUAUAUCUCUAUACUAAGCUUGUAUCAUUUUCAACAGCUGAUGUAAUUGAUUAAACAUGAUUAGCUGCACAGUAGCUCUUAAGACAACUUAUGCAUAUUAAUGUAGAUUUUCACAGGCAUUUGAGCACCCAAAUCAUAUCCAGCUGACCUGUCCAAUAUGGUGGUUUCUAGCUACAUGUGGCUAUUUACAUUUAAGUCAAUUAAAAUUUGUAAAAAUUUAAAAUUCCUCGGUUGCACUAACCACCUUUCAAGUCUUCAGUAAGCUCAUGUAGCUAGUGCCUAUGGUAUUGGGCUAUGCAAACAGAAAAAUAUAUAUAGAACAUUUCUAUAAUUGCAGAGAGUUACAAUGGACAUUGCUGAUAUAAAAGGUCUGUAUAUGUGUAACAGGAAAGUUUUAUUAGUGCCAGGAGGAUUCUUCUUGGAUGUUAGUAACUUCUUGGAAAAAUGAAUAUGAUGUAAAGUAA